AAUGCCUUGCAACCAGCAAACGGCGUCUUUCUAAAAUGGCGGCUGCAGGUUCCUUAAUCUCUAUGUAUCACCAUCCGACAUAUUACGAAGAUACGGCUGUACCGCUUCCAAAUUGUAUGUAUGGCCUGCCCAGCUACUAUCCGACGAGUUCAAAACUUGAGGACCGCAAGGCACAGCUGCCGUCAUCGAGUCUUCAGAGUCUCGAAAGAAAACAAGAGGAUAUUCUUCGUGAACUGAAUGGCCUGAAAACUUCCGUUCAAGAAGUUGCCAAGCUACUGGGAGUUUCUCUUCCGCGUCCAAAAGGGAAAGUUUCUCCAACAACAUGUGAUUUUGUGAUGUCUGCUUCACCGAGUGACCCUCCACUUAUUAUCAGCACCCUACAACAUAUUAUGAAGCAGAGAGGGCUUUCCCAUACAACAGCCAUGUUCAGCCACUCGUCAGUGAAACAACCUAUUCCUGAUGCUGUCAGAAUGCAGUUUCAGAACUUCUCCAAAUGUAGUAAAGGAGUUGGGCGUGCCCCAAUCAUUUUAACUAUUGUUUGGAAAGAAGUGGGAGAUCUUCCUUCUCUAGUAGUGUCUCCAUCUGGCCACAAUCCGUUGACUGGUGAAAUAACAAUUGCUCGCUUCCUCUGCCGCACAUUUCUCCCUGACUUGUAUGGUAAUUUAACACCUGAAGAGUCUGCAUGUGUGGACAACUGGAUUGACAAAUCACUAGCAAGUAGCAAAGAGCGAACUGCUGCCUUAAAAAGUCCUGAAUUAAAGCUUGCAAAACAGUGGAUUCUUGGCGGGAAAAUGACCUUGGCUGAUAUUGUACUUGCCUGUAGCAUUGUUAAGCAGAAUGGUGCAGAUCAUGUACAUGAUGAUGUGAGGAAAUGGAUGAUGAGGAUUCCUGGACUUUUGACAAAGUAAUUGAACCAGUUCAUUAUCUAUUAACAAUUAUCAGUGUACACAGCUUACAAUGUAACUGUACCUUAAACUUCUAAAGUGUGUUUGGCUCUGUAUGAAAUUACAAACUAAGCACAUUGAACCGAAACUUCCACAGUGGAAGUUUUGAUAGAAUUUCACCUUAGGAAUUUGGCUUCAACUUGUUAUGUCUUUUUGCCAUCAAAGGCAAAUACAACCACAGGACUCUUGCUAGUGCCAGCCUAUUGUAGGUUAAGCAUAAUGUGUAAUGUUGCUGUUCAGUUGUUGAUUGUUCAAUCCAAAGGGAUCAGAGUGAGAAAUCAGGAAAAAAAACAUUUUGGAUAUAGAAUAAACCAAAUAAACACUGUUAAAGUUAAAUAAACACUUAAAAAGAAAAAAAAUAUCAGCCCAAACUGUAAUCAUGUAAAAGUGAAACUCACAUUUUGAAUUUUGUGGUCAGAUUAGAACAGAAAUUUGCUCAAUUUUGUUGUCUGUGUGUGCUCACUAUUUGACAACCAGCACAGGUUUGUUUUGUGGUAAAUAUGAGAGAAAAUCUGGGACUUAAACUGGUGUCUGCAUAUUGCAGGGUGUUUGGGUGAAAUUAGGUCUGGAACUUAAGGGGUUAAAAGCACAAAGCAUUCACUAAACAGGGAUCUUGCCUCAAGGAGGUGUAAGAGAGGUACUGAGAUGUAAUGCUAAAGAAAGGAUUGACGAAUUAAUCUGUUACCAGACUCGUGUGACGUUUUGACCCUUUGAAUGAUAUUAGGUUCUAAUUUCUCCUUACAAUAUUAACUUUAAAUCACACAUUAAGGUUGCAGUGGGAAAGGAAAUGAUCAUCAGCUUUAGAAGCUCUUGAUUUUUAGAAAAUUUUCCUUUUCAGCACCUUAGGAAAUUAUGGAGAUUAGUGAGAAGAAUAUGCAUACUGAUGUUGGGGUGCAAAGGGUAAACUGCAUUAUAGAACACGGCUCAUUUGAGAGGAUUUAUUUUAGUGAUAAUAUAUUUUGGUGAUAAUACAAUCAGAUUAUUAUAAACUUUAUUGAGGUGUCAUUGGCAUUCAAGCCACGAGCUGUUAUGGGUAAUUAUGUCAUCUGUACAUGGUGCCAAGCAAAUAAUUUGCUUUCUUUGUUGUUACAUGCGCUUGCAACAUUGUUCAUAGUUCUGCGCAGCAAAUCAAAAUGUAGAAUUUCACAUUGUUCUUGCGGAUAUAUUUAACUUAAGAGUGUGUACAUGCAAAAACAAUUCCACUUGCUCCAAGCUUCAUCCAUGAUGACCUAUUUGUCCAGCAAGAACAUCACCAGAUCUCUUUGACCGAGAGUGGUUGCUAGGUGGACUGGGGACCAACCAUCGCGAUUCGUUCUUCUGAUGUCAGCACCGAACUCAACCAGUAGCUUUGCAGAAUCAACUCUACCAUCCCGUAUACACUGAUGCAAUGGAGUAUCGCCGGCUUCGUUCAGUGCGUUAAUAUCCAUACCGAUACUCAGUAGUCGAUGAACUUCUUCACGAUCUUUUCUGUUCACGGCGUCUUGAAAAGCCCUUUGUUUCUCCCUUUUUUUCUCCCUUUGUUUCUCUCUUGUAUCAUCUAAGGAUGCAGUUGCUAGAUUUUGCCU